CUCUAAUAUAUUUAAAGUUUUUUUUUUUUCUUUUUCUUGUGUUUAUAGCAUUUCCUCGAUUGAGUGGCAUUCCCCAUAACCCACGCUCACAGUUUCUCAUGUGAUGAGGUAAAACCUCUCAUUGCAAAGUGCCCCAGUCAAUUUUGUAUAUACAGAGAUGGAUCAUCCUGUCACUGCAAACGAAGUCAAGAACUAUGAAACAGAUGAUAUCAGUCAACAUGAAUCAGAGCAACAAAUGGAUAAAUCUCCAUCAACUUACACGGUUGGAUGUCCUCCAAGAAAGAAGUUCCUUAAAGAAUUCGCUGAUGGAUUAAAGGAAACGUUCUUUGCUGAUGACCCCUUGAAACCUUACAAGGACCAACCUAAAUCAAAGAAGUUCAUGCUUGGUUUGCAGUUUUUGUUUCCAAUCUUUGAAUGGGGAAGAAAUUAUAAUUUGAUUAAAUUUAAAGGAGAUCUUAUCGCUGGAUUAACCAUUGCAAGCCUCUGCAUACCUCAAGAUAUUGGGUAUGCAAAGCUUGCAAAUCUAGAACCACAGCAUGGUCUUUAUUCUAGCUUUGUUCCACCACUUAUUUAUGCAUUCAUGGGAAGUUCAAGAGACAUUGCUAUUGGACCUGUAGCAGUAGUUUCUCUUUUGUUAGGGUCCCUUCUUCAAGAUGAGAUUGAUCCCAUAAAUAACAAAGAGGAAUACCUAAGGCUUGCAUUCACAGCUACCUUUUUUGCUGGUAUUACUCAAGCAUUGCUAGGAUUUUUAAGACUAGGAUUUCUUAUAGACUUCCUUUCACACGCUGCAAUAGUUGGAUUUAUGGCUGGGGCAGCCAUUACAAUUGGCCUUCAGCAACUCAAAGGUUUCCUUGGCAUAGAGAAAUUUACAAAGCAAACAGACAUCAUUUCUGUAAUGAAAUCGGUUUUUCAUCCAUUUCCUCACGGGUGGAACUGGCCAACAAUUCUCAUUGGAACAAUAUUCUUGGUAUUCCUUCUUGUUGCUAAAUAUAUGGGAAAGAAGAACAGAAAGUUAUUUUGGCUGCCAGCAAUUGCGCCGCUCAUCUCUGUUGUUUUAGCGACAUUUUUUGUCUAUAUUAUUCAUGCUGAAAGAUACGGAGUACAAAUAGUGAAACACAUAAAAAAGGGAAUUAAUCCCUCCUCUUUGGAGCUUAUAUAUUUUUCGGGACCCUUUCUAGGGAAAGGAGUCAAAAUUGGCAUCAUUGCUGGCAUCAUUGCUCUAACGGAAGCUGUGGCGAUUGGAAGAACAUUUGCAUCCAUGAAGGACUAUCAGUUGGAUGGAAACAAAGAGAUGGUUGCUCUUGGGACAAUGAAUGUGGUUGGCUCGAUGACUUCAUGCUAUGUUGCAACAGGAUCAUUUUCAAGAUCAGCUGUCAAUUACAUGUCUGGUUGCCAAACUCCAGUGUCCAACUUGGUUAUGUCUGUUGUGGUGUUCUUCACUUUAUUGCUUAUCACACCAUUAUUUAAGUAUACUCCGAACGCUAUUCUAUCAUCGAUCAUCAUCUCUGCUGUAAUUGGUCUGAUUGACUACGAAGCAGCUUUUCUCAUCUGGAAGGUUGAUAAAUUUGAUUUCAUUGCUUGCAUGGGAGCAUUUCUUGGUGUGAUAUUUGCUUCCGUUGAGAUUGGUCUCUUGAUUGCUGUUUUCAUAUCAUUUGCUAAGAUUCUUCUACAAGUGACAAGACCAAGAACAACUAUACUGGGGAAUCUUCCUCGAACUACAAUCUACAGGAACAUUGAACAAUAUCCUGAUGCCAACAGAGUUCCAGGAGUCCUAGUUGUGAGAGUUGAUUCAGCUAUAUACUUUACGAAUUCCAAUUAUGUCAAAGAGAGAAUCUUAAGAUGGUUGACAGAUGAAGAUGAGAAGCUGAAAAAUAAAAAUAUUCCACAGAUCGAGUUCCUCGUUGUGGAUAUGUCCCCUGUCACUGACAUUGACACUAGUGGCAUUCAUGCCUUGGAAGACUUGUUCAAGUCCCUACAGAAAAGGGAAGUUAAGCUUGCUCUUGCCAAUCCAGGGCCUGUGAUCAUGGAGAAGCUUCAUGCUUCAGAGUUCGUGGAGCUGAUUGGCAAUGAUAAAAUAUUUCUUACUGUAGGAGAUGCAGUGAUGAACUGCUCCAAGAAAUCAAAAGAAGAUGUUUGAGUGAAGAGAAAUUAUUCCGUGCAGAGUCCGGACGGUAAAGUACCGUCCGGAUGUGAGUGUACACAGUAUUUGUACACACUGUGUAUAAAAAAAAAUCAAAUUAUGUACAAAAUUAUACUCAGUGUACAGUGUGUAUAUACUCACAUCUGGAUGGUUCUUUACCACUCAAACUCCGCACGGAAUAAUUUCUCGUAAAUGACAAAAAACAUAAAAGAGGUUUCUUUCAGUUGCAGGCUUUUUCUCUGCAGAGCAUUAUUAUGAGGAUCCAAUAUAAUGGUACAAUGCUAAUAUAGAAAAAAGUGGUUUCUUGAGCU